AUGGCUGAGACCAAACAGCUCAGGGGCCAGCCUACCCCUACGGCUGACCUGGCGAGCUCCAACACCCGGAUGGAGCUCCCUCCAGAAGCCUAUGUUCUAGGUGGAGGGAAGAGUCCAUUCGCGCUUCGAAACAACAAGUUCAACACUGAAGGCACGUCGGACAUGGUCUACGUGAACCAGUACCGCGUCAAGAAGGUUGACUUUACCAAGAAGGUCUACCAGUAUGAUGUCACGGUCUCUCCCGAUGACCGCAAGCUUCCCAUGAACAAGAUCCUCGAAAGCUCCGAGAUCAAGGAUGCUCUCAGCAGAUACAACUAUCCCACGUGGAUUUUUGAUGGCCGCAAGAUGGCUUGGGCCCCCGCUCUCGUCGAUAGGGGUGAAUGCCGCGUCAAGGUUGACCUUGACAAGGACAGGCGUCCCCCCGGUGGUUCCAUCAAGCCGGGUUCCGUCUUCCACGUCACUCUUCGCCGCACCACCGAGAUAGACCUGUCCGUUCUGCAGGGCUAUCUCGAGAGUAAGGUCGAGUUCACUAACAAGGUCGUCGAAUCGCUCAACUUCAUGGACCAUCUCCUCCGGCAGGGUCCCUCCGGAAAGUUCUCAACGAUCAAGCGCAGCUUCUACGACCCUGACCAGAAGGGUCGUCCGCUCGGCGAUGGACGCCUGAUCGACGUUCACAAGGGACUCUACGCCUCUAUCCGCCUUAGUCACAACUUGGCUCAGGGCGGUGUCGGCCUUGCCCUCAACUGCGACGUUGCCAACACGUCGUUCUGGGUGGGGAACCAGUCCAUGGACCAGCUCGUCUGUCACUUCCUCGCCUCGUGCGAUGGUUUGUUUUGCAACCUGGACCCUGCCACGACUCUAGGCUACCACCUUCGGCCCGUACAGCGCAGAGAUGGCCAGUUCCAGUCCACUGAGGCCUUCAAGACGCUGCGCAAGCUUCGCCGCCUCAAGUUCAACGUCCGGCACGCUAACCGGAAGAACCCCGAAAAGGUCUUCACCGUCGAGGACUUUAUGUUUGGCCCUGAAUACUGCCCCGAAGGCUGCACCGCCACCAACGUCAAUUUUGAUCACGAAGGCAAGCAGACGUCUGUCUUUGACUAUUACCGCAAAAAGUACGGCGUCACUCUACGCUACCCCAAGCUUCCCCUGAUUGACGCCGGAAAGGGCGGGGCUGUGCCCAUGGAGCUCGCCUUCAUCCUCCCCAUGCAGCGUUACAUGUUCAAGCUCAGUGGGAAGCAUACCGAUGCUAUGAUCAAGAUUGCCGUCACCAAGCCCGCCGAGAGGAGGCGGGACAUUGAGCAGAGGGUCAAGGGGCUGGACCUCCAGAACGACCGCCACCUCCGCUUCUACGGCGUCGAGUUUGACGCCAACUUUGCCCAGACCAAGGCAAAGAUCCUGGCGCCCCCGAUCGUCAACUUCAAGCAGGGUAGGCAGGAGCCGCGCUUUGCCGGCCGAUGGAGACUCGACCAGGGAAACAUUCGCUUCUGGAAGCCCAACCAGAGGCCCCUUGUUGCCUGGGGCAUUAUCGCCAUGGACAACUGCCUUCCUGGCCCGGGUGCCAUGACGGCCUUUGUCAACAAGUUCCGCACUACCUUUAUCCGUCACGGAGGUAGCUGCCCCGAGCCCGGCAUGGUGCUCAGUGUCCCCGGAGCAUCCAAGGCCAACGGUGCCGAGGCUGUUGAGUUUGCCCACAACCAGAUCCGUCGGGCUAGGGGCUACACCCAGCUCCUCUUCAUCGUUGUCGGCUUCAAGAACUCGCCCCACUACGAGCGUCUCAAGAAGAAUGCGGACUGCCGCUUCGGCAUACUCUCCCAGAUCGUCACCCACGCCAACGUCGGCAACGACGCCGGCAACUCGCAGUACAUAUCCAAUGUCUGUAUGAAGGUCAACGCCAAGCUUGGCGGCAGCACGUCGCGAACCGCCACUCCCUUUGGAAAGAGCCCGACGUACUUCCCUCCAAACCGCCCCACGAUGCAGAUCGGCAUGGACGUCUCCCACGCCGCCCCCGGAGCCAACUCGCCGUCGGUGGCUGCUAUGACGAUGAACUGCGACGCGGACGCCAACCGCUUCGCUGCCGCCGUCGAGAGCAACAGCUACCGGAUGGAGACGGUCCACCCGGCCAACCUGCACAUGUUCCUGGACCUUCUCUACGCCGUCUGGUGCAAGGGACACAACGGCGCGACGCCGGGCCAUGUCAUGUACUUCCGUGACGGCGUUGCCGAGGGCCAGUUCGCCCAGGUCAUCGACAGGGAGGUUGAUGAGAUGAAACGCUGGUUCCGCUCCAGGAAGAAGGCCAUGCCCAAGUUUACCGUCAUUGUCGCCACCAAGAGGCACCACAUCCGCUUCUUCCCCGGUCCCGACCAGCGCACCAAGGGUGGCGACCAGAACCUGAAUCCCAAGCCUGGGCUCCUCGUCGAGCACGAGGUCACCCACCCCUUUAUGUGGGACUUUUACCUCAACUCGCACAAGGCCAUCCAGGGGACGGCGCGUCCCAUUCACUACUAUGUGAUCCUGGACGAGAUGAACUGCCCCGUCAACGACUUGCAGCGCAUCAUCUACCACCAGUGCUACUCGUACGUGCGCUCCACCACUCCGGUCUCGAUCCAUCCGGCUAUCUACUAUGCCCACCUGGCUUGCAACCGCGCCCGUCAGCACGAGAACAUUUCCAUCUAUGAGGGCUUCCGUUCCGGCGGCAAGGGCCACGAGUUUGUUCGCAACAGGGUCUCCAAGGGCCAGGAAUUCGAAGAGAUACCCCAAGGAACCGAGGCCCCGACCCUUCUCGAAGUCGGUGGCAGGAUCCCUCCUACUGGCAUGGCGCCCGAUGAGAUUGCUCAGCGCGAAUUCAUUAAGGAGACGAUGUGGUACAUCUAA